UGCUUUCCUUUUGGAGAUUCAGAUGUUCAUCCACUCAAUGUUUCUGGCAUUGGUUUCUUCGAUGUUUUAUGCGAUAGUAAGUUAGCUGGACCUGGAUGGAUUGUAAUACAACAGCGAGUUGGGGGAAAUGAGAGUUUCAAUAGGGAUUGGGCAACGUAUCGCAAGGGUUUCGGUGCAAUGGAUAGCGACUUCUUCCUGGGACUAGAGAAAAUACAUCGUAUCACGAGUUUGCAGCGAUUCGAACUUUAUAUACAUUUGAUUGCUGUGAAUGGAAGUACGUACAACGCUCGUUAUGACGACUUCAAAAUAUCUGAUGAAGACAAUGGAUACGCACUGAGUUUGGGUAAUUUCAAUGGAACUAUUAUUGAGGAUGCGAUGAGUGACGGUGAAAACAUGAAAUUCACAACAUUUGAUCGCGACAACGACAAAAUUGAUGAUGGUAACUGCGCAGUUGACUACAAAAGUGGCUGGUGGUACACGAGUUGCUAUUAUUGUAAUAUAAAUGCACCAUACGGGCGAUUCCUAUAUUGGUGGUUGGAAAAUGAAAUCGAACUUAAAGAAGCUAAGAUGCUAAUUCGCCCCAAAAGAAGCGAUGAAGUUUUGAGCAACUGAAGAGUUGAAAUUCCAAUAUUUGACUCAAUUAUGUAACAAUUUAUAUAUAAUUGGUUCAUUAAGAAAUUGCGCUCUGAAUAAA